GCGGGUCAGACUGGGACUGAAUGAAAUGGUUUCUUGUUUCAAAGCGCGCUGUGCAUUCAGCUCCUGGGUUAGGGAGAACAUCCGCAAGAAGGAAUGUUGCUUCUUUGAAAAAGGUGUCAGAGAGGAUGUGUGUAAGUGUGGUUAUUCAAAGGCUGAUCACGUGGGUGACGCCAUCAAGCCAGAGGACUUCACCGGGGAGUCAUGGGACAGAUACAGACAUAUUCGCGAAGUGCCCACUGAUGCUUUCGGAGACAUCAGCUUUGGUGGUUUGGGACAAAAGACAGGCAAGUAUGUGCGAGUGUCCACAGACACCAGCCCUGAGGUCCUGUACCACUUACUGACUGAACAGUGGAAACUUUCCCCUCCCAACCUGCUGAUCUCCGUGACCGGAGGAGCCAAGAACUUCUACCUGAAGACUCAUCUCAAGAACAUGUUCCACAGAGGUCUUAUGAAAGUGGCACAGACAACAGGUGCAUGGAUCAUCACUGGAGGUACCCACACAGGUGUGAUGAAGCAUGUAGGGCAGGCUGUGAGGGAUUACGCCCUAAGCAGCAGCUCCAUGCAGGGCAAGAUCGUGGCCAUCGGAGUGGCAACAUGGGGAGUAAUUCACAACAGGGACACUUUGGUGUACUCAGGGGGUUGUUUCCCAGCUCAUUAUUUGAUGGACAUCAAUGGUCAAGGUCGGCUGUCCUGUCUCGAUAACAACCACACCCAUUUCCUGCUGGUGGACGAUGGGACCCACGGAGGCUAUGGCGCUGAGAUUGAACUGCGCAGCCGUCUGGAGAAAUGCAUCUCUGGAAAGCGUCUUGGAAACAAAGAGAGCGGCGUGACCAUCCCUGUGGUGUGUGUGGUUUUGGAUGGAGGUCCAGGCACUCUGAAAACCAUCUAUAACGCCAUGCUGAAUGGUACACCGUGUGUGAUAUUGGAGGGCUCUGGGAGAAUAGCAGAUGUGAUUGCCCAGGUCGCAGGACUCCCAGUGACCCGGGUCACUAUUGCUCUCAUCCACCAGCUGAUGAAGAAGUUCUUUGGCCAAGAGUAUGAGACCUUUGCCGACCUCGAGAUCAUAAAAUGGACUAAGAUGAUUCAGGACAUCAUCAGGAUGCCACAGUUGCUGACCAUAUUCAGAAUAAGCGAGGACAGUCACAGAGAUGUGGAUGUUGCCAUUCUUCAAGCACUACUCAAAGCUUCGAAGACCAGAGAGUCACUGGCAAUCGACUGCUGGAAGAGGCAGCUGGAGCUGGCUAUUGCAUGGAACCGAGUGGAUAUAGCAGAGACUGAGAUUUUCACUGAAGAGAGCCAGUGGAGGUCCAGUGACCUCCAUUGGGCCAUGUUCUCAGCCCUGGCUGGCAACAAGCCUCAGUUUGUGAGUCUGCUGCUGGAGAAUGGAGUGAGCCUGAGGGAUUUCCUGCAGGAAGAGGACACUCUGUGUGAGCUCUACAAACAGCUUCCCAACUGCCUCUUUCUCCGCAAGCUGGCCAAGCGGGUCCACAGUUCUCGCCGCAGCAGGGGGUCACCAUUCAGGGGAAUCAGGCAUCGACCUGACUCUAGGCAAGGCAAAAUGAUCUCCAUGACUCAUGUCUGUGAUGAGGUGCGCCAUCUGCUGGGCAGUUUUACCCAGCCCCUCUACCCUCCCUCCACCAUGAAAUACCACGUCAACAUGACUAUGGAGGACACGUCUGCAUCGGUAGAUUCCCGAGGUCCAGUCAAGGAGGACAAUGCAGAAAUACAGCAGGAUCCAAGCAGAGACCUUUUCCUUUGGGCUGUCGUCCAGAACAAUAAGGAGCUGGCUGAAACUGCCUGGGAGCAGUGUAGAGACUGCAUAUCUGCAGCUCUGGCUGCCAGUAAGAUCCUGAAGAAAAUGGCACAGGAAGGAAGUGAUGCAGACAAGACAGAGGACAUGCAAGAGCUCGCCAAUCACUAUGAGAAACAUGCCAUUGGUGUGUUCAGCAAUUGCCACAACAGCGAUGAAGAGCGGGCCCAGAAGCUGUUGGUUCGUGCAUCGCCAUUUUGGGGAAGGACGACAUGCCUGAGGCUGGCACUGGAGGCUGACGAUAAAAGCUUCAUAGCUCAGUCAGGUGUUCAGGCUCUUCUGACUCAGAUUUGGUGUGGGGAGCUUUCAGUGGACAAUCCUGUGUGGAGGGUGAUGAUCUGCAUGGUCUUCUUCCCUCUUAUCUACACUGGCUUUCUGAUUUUCAGACGUGAUGAAGUCAUUCAGAAAGAAAAUGAAAAGAGCGAGGAGAUCAAGACAGUAGAGUCUUUGACGGGAAGUACACUGAGAAAAAAUUCUCGUGGCUCUGACUCUUCCAGCCUGCAGCACCUGAAGCCUCUGGGCAGCUGGUCCAGACUAGUCUACCUGUACAGCUCUCCGCAGGUCAAGUUCUACUGGAAUAUAGUGUCUUACUUCGCCUUCCUCUUCCUGUUCGCUGUGGUGCUGAUGAUUGACUUCCAGGUUACGCCCUCUGCAGGGGAGGUGCUGCUCUACAUCUGGCUGUGCUCUCUGGUGUGUGAGGAGGUCAGACAGCUGUUCUAUGAUCCAGAUGGCUUCGGAUUUCGUAAGAAAGCCAGGAUGUACAUCAACGACCUGUGGAAUAUUUUAGACGUUCUGUCCAUCCUCCUAUUUAUCAUCGGCCUUGCAUUUAGGCUGACAUCUCAGCUGUUCUAUGCGGGUAAAAUCCUCCUAUGCAUCGAUUUUGUUGUCUUCUGCCUCCGUCUCAUGGCCAUCUUCACCAUCAGUCGAACUCUGGGACCCAAAAUCAUCAUAGUCAGGAGGAUGAUGAUGGAUAUGUUCUUCUUCAUGUUCUUGCUGAGUAUCUGGGUGGUGGCGUACGGUGUGGCCAAACAGGGCAUUCUCAUCCACAAUGACAACCGGCUGGACUGGAUUGUCCGUGGAGCGGUUUACGAGCCGUACCUCAUCAUAUUUGGGGAUUUUCCCCACAAUAUUGAUAAUACUGCAUUUGACAUCAACUCCUGCACCAUGAAUGGCACCGAUCCUCUGAAGCCCAAGUGUCCUGUGCUGAAUGAAAACCAAACACCAGCCUUCCCCGUGUGGCUCACCAUCAUCAUGCUUUGUAUUUACUUGCUCUUUGCCAACAUACUGCUGCUUAAUCUGCUCAUAGCUAUCUUCAACUUUACGUUCCAGGAAGUGCAGGACAACACAGACAGAAUAUGGAAGUUUCAAAGAUAUGAGCUGAUUAAGGAGUACCACAGCCGCCCCGCCGCUCCUCCUCCUUUUAUCAUCCUCAGCCAUCUUUAUCUCUUCAUCAGGAACGUGGUACUGUGCAGGCCACCCAUCGUCUGCAAGGAGUUCAAAAAUGAGCUUACUCAAAUAGAGGAAGAGGAGCUGUUGUCCUGGGAGUCGUUGAUGAAAGACAGAUACCUGCUGUCCACACAGCAGGAGCAGAGCCAGAGCAUGGAGCGACGCAUCCUGGACACUGCCCAAAGGGUUACCACCAUAGCCGAUCAGCUGGAGAGGGAAGAGGAGUCGAGUUCUGCUGCCAUGGUGAAAAGACUGGCACGACUAGAGGAGCAGGUCGUCCAGUCAACCAAAGCUCUGCAGUGGAUUAUGGACAGUCUGAGAUCUCAGGGCCUUGCUGCAAAAGAAGCACAAUCACUGAGUCAGGAACCAAAUUCCUCAUUCACUACUACUACCCCUGACACUUUGAGAAAUAUGUCAGAGAACAAGAAUGGGUUCCACGUGAACGCCCGUCAGUUUCACUAUCCGAACAGCAAGAUCACACGCUUCCCAGUGCCUGAGGAGAAAGUGCCGUGGGAGGUCAGCUUCAGCUCGUACAUGCCGACUUAUUACGCCUCUGAAGACAGUGGGGACAAUAUGGAUGGAUCAGAAUCAGAGACCUUAGAUAAUUACAGAAACCCAGGAGGGAGGACUGGCAUCAGGGGACGAGGUGCACUCAGCCAGCUGGGUCCAAAUCUGACUUUAGACCUUGUUGUUACACGCUGGCGAGACAGCGAGAGGUCUGUUUUGGAGUUCCUGGCAGUUUGGGACGAGAGCCAAGGAACUUUGGCUUUACCUGGGGGACCUGUCGAAUCUACUGACCACCUGCCUGUGACGCUUAAGAGAACCAUGGGCAAGACACUGUAUGGAAAAAUAAGUGCAAAAGUAUCAGAGGGAACAAAGGUGUUUGAGGGUUAUGUGGAUGACUGCAGGAACACUGAUAAUGCCUGGGUGGAAACCACCGUCCAAAACAUUCACCUGGACAGAACGAGCCAGGUGAUGGUAGAUAUCAAUAAUAUGGUGGUGAAAAGCAACAAUGCUCUUCAGUGGCAGGAGGUGAGCAGCAAAACAGGAAUAAGCUCAAACCAAAGAGACUCUCUGCGGCAGGUUGCUGAGCUGCACAACAGGAAGUUCUGAUUUUCACACUGCUGUAGCUGUAAAUGUGCCUCUUCAUCCACGGGUUUACUUCUGUCUGUUAAAUGUGGCCUUUUGUUAAAGCUGACAUAGACUGAUUCUGUUGCACUGAAAACAAAACAAAAAAAAACAUGGCUGAAGACAAGACGCUGUAAUGAUGUAUGCCGCUAUGGUGUCAUGGGACAGUAAACUCAAUGUUUAGCCCACACACUGUGUUGUUCACUUCAUACACGUGUAAUAAUUCACAUGUGUACAAUGAGGAUGAAUACUUUAAACUGUACUAACAGGUGAGUCACUUCACGUGAGUAUUUCCACUUCAUGCUACUUCAUACUUCUACGUCUACUUCUAUAUUUCAGAGGGAAUAUUGCACUUUUUACUUCACUAUGUUUAUCUGACACUAUAGUUAGCAGUUUCUUUUUUCAUACAAUACAUACAAAUGCAAUUCCUCAUCCAUUGUCAAUACACGUAAGGAAAUGUGCGAUUAUGUGUCCACUAUGUGUAUUCAAAACAAAACACACAAAUGCAAAUCAUUAUUUUAUAUAAAUUAUGCAUCAUUCUAGAUGAAAAUACCCAACAUGAUACAGUUAGAAAGCUACAGCUGGAGUGGAUGCAAUAUUAAAAUGCUACCAACAAGGUGAUGUAUGCAUAUUAAUAAUAA